CCAUGAAGUGAUCUAGUCAAGCUUCCCCAUGGAUUUUUCUUUCUCCGAAAUGGCCAACCUUGAUGAAUCUUCUUCCACUUUGGAACUCAUCAGCCCGUACCUCUUAGGAGACUCUGUCAUCCUCACUCAACUCCAACCUGUGAAAACAGAGAGCCUGUUUCUUGAUCCAGGACCAGACUCGCGAUAUUCAGAUCUACCCGCCUGGCCAGACCUGGGGAUACCGGAUCUCGAGAUUAAAGAGGAGCCCAUCAUCUUGGAAUCUCCAAUGUCCGAGCUGGGGUCGCCGGAGAUGAACCAGGUCGGGGCUGUCUCCGCGGCAAAGGUGCAUUACAGAGGGGUUCGGCGAAGACCGUGGGGGACAUAUGCUGCGGAGAUACGGGACCCGACACGUAAAGGGAAACGGGUCUGGUUAGGGACAUACGACACGGACGUAGAUGCUGCCAAGGCUUACGAUAGCGCCGCUUUCAAGAUGAGGGGCCGGAAGGCCAUAUUGAAUUUCCCUCUGGAGGACGGAAAGUCGGCCCCGCCGCCGAAUCCGGGGCGCAAGAGGAGGAGGAGGAGGGCGGCGAAGGAGGAGGAGCCGAAAGAAAGUCUAGAAGAUUGGCUGAUUGAGAUGUGGGCGCAGGAGGGAGCGGGUGAAGAUGAGUGCGACACGAGCGUCGACUCAGGGCAACCGUCUAACUAGGACAAAAGUUACGACGACAUGCUAAACCAGUUAUCGGGAGUCCAUCUGAGACGAUGGGAUGUCAAAACUAGCUGGAGGGCGACCAUGAUGGGAUGUAAGAUACCGAAUGUUUUCUG